AUGGCCGACGACAACGAGCGAGAGGUCGCCCGCCUGUUCCGCGUCGCGAGGACAGCCCACGAGCUCGUGCGGGACAGGGGCUUUGCCAUCUCCGAGGACGAGAUCAAGAUGUCACUCGACGACUUCAAGGCGCAGUACGCGGCAGGGAGCAACGCCAUCGACAAGGCCAAGAUCAACUUCAGCGCGUCCAAGCCCGACGCAGCAGGCGAGUCGAUCUACGUCUUUUACUCGGAGGAGGCGUCGGUCGGCAUCAAGACCAUGCGCAAGUUCAUCGACAUCCUCGAAGCGCAAAAGUUUGCGCGCGGCAUCCUCAUCUACAAGACGUCGAUGACGCCCUCAGCGAACAAGGUCAUCUCGGCCAUGGCGGGCCAGUUCCAGAUCGAGGCGUUCCAGGAGUCGGAGCUGCUCGUCAACAUCACGCAGCACGUCCUCGUCCCCAAGCACGAGGUGCUCACCGCCGAGCAGAAGAAGCAGCUCCUGCAGCGAUACCGCCUCAAGGACACGCAGCUGCCGCGCAUCCAGCUGCACGACCCGGUGGCACGGUACUACGGCCUCAGGCGCGGGCAGGUCGUCAAGAUCACGCGCGAGUCCGAGACGGCCGGGCGGUAUGUGAGUUACCGGUUGUGCUUGUGA